AGAAGAUUUUUCAUCAUCCCUUAAUUGAAUGUAACAGCAGUACAGCACACAGAUUCACAAAUCAUAAAUAAAUUCUCACCCUUUAAUCUUUAUACACAAAAUUAAUAAUAUUCCCUUCUCUCUCCUCACUUUCUCUCUCUACAAUCGAUACUGUCCAUCUCCAACUCCCCUCAUUCUGUACUUUUUCUUUCAUGGGUUUUUUUAUCGAUUUCGAAUUUAUCAAGAUUCUGCCCUAAUUUCAAAAGAUUCAGAGACUUGUUAGCUGCUCAAUUGGUUAGAGAUGGGAAUAUACCUCAGCACUCCAAAAACGGAGAAAUUUUCGGAAGAUGGUGGGAACAAUCGGCUUAGUUUCGGUCUUUCCUCCAUGCAAGGAUGGCGCGCUUCCAUGGAAGACGCUCAUGCGGCACUCCCGAAUUUGGAUAACUCGACGUCAUUCUUUGGUGUUUAUGAUGGUCAUGGAGGCAAAGUGGUGGCCAAAUUCUGUGCUAAGUACCUUCACGAGCAAGUAAUCAAGAAUGAAGCAUAUUCAACCGGUGAUAUCGGAACUUCUGUUCAAAAAGCAUUUUUCAGGAUCGACGAAAUGAUGCUUGGACAGAGAGGCUGGAGGGAAUUGGCUAUUCUCGGUGAUAAAAUGAACAAGUUUAGUGGGAUGAUCGAGGGUUUGAUAUGGUCACCGAGAAGUGGUCAAAAGAAUAUCCAAGCCGACAAUUGGGCGUUCGAGGAGGGACCACACUCUGAUUUUUCCGGACCCACUUCUGGCUGUACUGCAUGUGUUGCAAUCAUUAGAGAGAAUCAACUCGUUGUCGCAAAUGCCGGCGACUCUCGUUGCAUUAUUUCUAGGAAUGGCCAGGCAUACAAUCUUUCGAUGGACCAUAAACCCGAUCUUGAGGUUGAGAGGGAGAGAAUAUUAAAAGCGGGUGGUUUUAUCCACGCGGGUCGAGUCAACGGCAGUUUGAAUCUUUCAAGAGCUAUCGGUGAUAUGGAAUUCAAGCAGAACAAGAUUUUGCCUGCGGAGAAGCAAAUUGUUACUGCCGAUCCAGAUAUUAAUAUUGUUGAACUUUGCGACGAUGAUGAGUUCAUCGUGCUUGCAUGUGACGGUAUUUGGGAUUGCAUGUCAAGCCAACAACUAGUGGAUUUUGUACGCGAGCAGCUCAAACGCGAAAGUAAGCUUUCGUUGGUGUGUGAGAAAGUGCUGGAUAGGUGCCUUGCACCUACUACUGCAAGAGGCGAGGGCUGCGAUAAUAUGACCAUGAUUUUGGUGCAAUUUAAAAAGUCGAACCAAUCGGGCGAGCCUUCUAAGGAAGUGGAGAUUGAGUCGAAGAGCGAGUCCUAAAAUUCGGCAAAGACUCGUUCGUAAUAUCUGAUUUUAUAUCGAACCCCUUUUGUAAAUGCAUAUAUAGUUUUGUUAUUAAUGAUUUGAUAUAAUCUUUGUUUUGUCGUAUGAUGAAGUUGAUGUGUGAAAAUAUUGUGUUCUGUUAUUGAAAAACGCAAAGGGGUAGUUUUGUCAAUUAAGAGUUUUUUUCUUCUAAAA